CAGCAGCAGCAACACUCUGGAGCAGCACAGACCUCAGACCUGCAGCUUAUAUCAGACUACUAGUGUCCACACAGCUCUGAGGAGAUGGGGGACAAAGGGGACAAAGCGGGGACAAGAGUCUUUAAGAAGUCCAGCCCCAACAGCAAGCUCACCGUUUAUCUCGGCAAGCGAGACUUUGUUGAUCACUUAGACCACGUGGAUCCAGUAGAUGGAGUGCUCCUUGUAGACCCAGAGUACCUGAAAGAUCGAAACGUGUACGUGACUCUGAACUGUGCGUUUCGUUACGGUCGGGAGGACCUGGAUGUCCUGGGCCUUUCCUUCCGGAAGGAUCUGUACGUCAGCACCAUCCAGGUGUUCCCUCCCGUGGAGGAGAAAAAGAUGCCUCUGAGCCGGCUGCAGGAGCGGCUGAUGAAGAAGCUGGGUCGGCAUGCCCACCCGUUCCACUUCACUAUCCCCCAGAACCUGCCUUGCUCAGUAACCCUCCAGCCGGGCGCAGAGGACACCGGUAAGGCGUGUGGCGUGGACUAUGAGCUCCGAGCGUUCUGUUCUAGAUGCGUGGACGAGAAGAUCCACCAAAGGAACUCUGUGCAACUGGUGAUCCGGAAAGUUCAGUACGCUCCAGAGAAGCCCGGUCCACAGCCGAUGGUGGAGACCAGACGCAACUUCCUGAUGUCCGAUAGAUCUCUAUACCUGGAGGCCUCGCUGGAUAAGGAGCUGUACUACCACGGCGAGCCCAUCAGUGUCAACGUCCACGUCACCAACAACUCCACCAAGAGUGUGAAGAGAGUGAAGAUAUCCGUUCGUCAGUGUGCUGACAUCUGUCUGUUCUCCACGGCCCAGUACAAGUGUCCAGUUGCCGUGGUUGAAGCAGAUCACCAGAUUUCUCCCAGCUCCACCUCCUGCCAGGUCUACACUCUGACCCCCAUGCUGGGUACCAACAGGGAAAAGAGAGGUCUGGCCCUGGAUGGAAAGCUAAAGCAUGAAGACACCAACCUGGCCUCCAGCACAAUAGUAAAAGAAGGCACCAACAGGGAGAUGAUGGGGAUCCUGGUCUCCUACAGAGUCAAAGUCAAGCUGGUGGUGUCUCUUGGAGGGGAUGUUGCGGCGGAACUUCCUUUUGUCCUGAUGCAUCCCAAACCUUCAGAGGAGCCCAGCUCCCAACCACAGCCAGUUGAACCAGAGGCUGAAGCUACUGUGGAUACAAACCUCAUAGAGUUUGAGAUGAAUCCCCCCUCUCAGGUUGAUGACUUUGUGUUUGAAGAAUUUGCUCGCCUGGGGCUAACGGGGACGAAAGAUAAGGGCAACCCCUUCUGUUAGCAGGGUUAUACCUGUCUUGAGUGGGAGGUUACAGGACGCCUCAACCCGAGCAACCCAAGAAGAAGAAGAAGAGCAUCCUGAGUCUGGCCCACUGUUUGAAUUGUACCAAUGGUCAGUGACUCAGGUAACUAUAGUGUCAAUUUAACAGGAGUUUAUUGAGUGAAGUUACAGCACAAGAUGUGUUUGCUGCUUGACUCUUUUCAUUCCGCUGAUAUCAGUGUUGUACAUGGUGCUGUGAUUCAGGAUUUAUAAUUCUAGCCUUUACACAAAGGAAUAAAAGUGGUGUUUUCUAUUGAUGAUAGAUCAGUUGUUGUCUUCAGGGGAACCUCUGCUUCCUAUUGAUUUAUCCUUAAAGCUGGGCAUACACUGUACCAAUUUAGAAAUGUUGUUGUGUAACUCCUAUUCCUACUAUACGAGUAGAUCGUAUAGUAGAAACAUCUGUGCCAUCCUGUCUGCUGAAACAUCUUAAAAAAAGAGGCAACGGCGUAACGUUAUAUGGACUCGCUGUGGCGAGGAAGACGUGGACAGUAUGGCUUGUCCAUUUUGCAGAAAGAAUUGGAGGUCAGCUAGCUACGUUUUACUCACUGUAUCUAUUGUAACCUAUAUUGUUAUCUUGAUAGCUACACUCCGAUUACUGUAAAAACAGUAUAAAAAAGGCACCGACGUUGGGGAAUUAGCUCGUGGCUCUGCUUCAACUGUGCCAGAAAUUCAUGCCCCCCUGUACACUGCACGGCAAACGACGCCCGACGAAGCGGAAAUUCGUGCCGCUCAAAAUUCGUGCCAGAAACGGGCUGAAAUAGUACAGUGUAUGCCCAUCUUCAACCUCUUUAUAAUGAAAUAAAUCAAAUGUAUUUGGAGCAGAACAAGCUAGAGGAUAGAGUUAAAUAAGCAGGAAUGAUUUUAUUUUUAUAGUUUUGUAUUUUGCAUAUCAGUGGAGUAAACUAACAGUGAUUUAAACAGAUUUCUUUUUUUAUGUCUGUUGAACAGCCAGGGAUUUUUUUUUUUAUCUAGCUUUGGCCUUCCAGUGUUCAGCAGUGGUGGAAUGUAACCAAGUACAUUUACUCAAGUACUGUACUUAAUAAGUCCAAUUUUGACAUUGGCUAUAAUGUCCUUCUUGUGUCACAGUCAGUGUUCGUCUCUAAACAGGCUCUCGUGUUUUUGUAUCUAUGAAGAUGCAUGAUUUUAGAUAAUGAAUGUUUUUUUUAUUUUUUCCAUGAUGUAAAUGUGUGCUAUAUAAGUGUAAGAUACCACAGCUAUUAACAAUAUAAUCAAACCAAAGAUUUAUAAAAAACACGUCGUUUGAAGACUUCACAAUAUACAAAAGAACAUAUUACAAGACACUCCAUUGGAUGUAUUGUUAUUUUACUCAAUAAAAUGAAAUCAAAUGUACCAAA